AUGGCCAGAGAUUUUUCUCUCCUGAGUCUGAUUCUGAGUCUGAUUCUAUGCUACUGCAGCUCGGAAACUGAUUUUAUUAAAAUUAAGAUGAUUCGUAACCCUUCUGAAACCAUCAGUGCUCGAGUGGAACUAGAUUGUGAACCAAAGAUGGCAGAUUCUGGGGUGUACUGGGUCCGCCAGGACAGCAGCAACUAUCUCCACAACCUCUUAUAUGUGACUGCAAGGUCGGAAAAAUUCCCAAAGACUACGCCAAACUAUGAAGUCUCAAGAAGUGGUAACUCUUACAAACUGAUAGUGACAAGAUUCGAGGAUCAGGAUCGGGGCAUUUAUCACUGUGCAACCCUUCACAACCGAAAAUUAUACUUCAGUUCAGGCCUCCGAAUCUUUUGGCCAGUGAGAACCACACAGGCUCCCACAACCCAACGGCGUGCUCUGGAAACCCCGAACACUAACAAGCAACGCAUUACCAGUGAACCAAGUAAAUGUCCAGAUGUCACAGAUACAGGUUCAUAUGAUGGUCUGUUAGUCCCUUGUAAACCAUACAUCUGGAUUCCUUUGUCUGGUGGCUGCUGCCUCCUGUUGAUAAAUUUAGUGAUCACCAUGGCAAUAUGCUGCGAUCCUAGAAGGAGAAGAAGAAGAUGCCAAUGUAAAAGGCCCCUGAAUGGAACCAAUGGAAAACUCACCAAGCCGCACUAGUGUGGAACAGGACUGGAUCAUUACAAGUCGAUUUCCUUAUGCAUUCUUGCUAUA